AUGUCUAGUGGCGGUGCGAGUCCGACGACGCAGAAUUCGGCACAGAGUGUGGCCAGUGUUUCUAGUGCUUCGGCUGCUUAUGUGGCAGCUGUGGAUGCGACGUCGGCGGGUGCUACAGAGGGUAACACGGCAUCAGCUCAGGCUGGGACCGCGAGCAGUUCGAAGGGCGGUGCUGCACGUCCUACUGGAGCUGUUGCUGCUAGAUUGGCUGGUGUGGUUGGGUUAUUGGGAGUGGCUGCUGCUCUGUAA